CUGAAUUGUAGCAGCUAAAGUCCGUGCAGAAAAGCGGCAUGAUGAGGAACGGAUACCCGGAGCAGGCCCUUGACAAGGAGUCGGUACGGAGACCAGUUCGGGUGUGGUGCGAUGGCUGCUAUGACAUGGUACAUUAUGGGCAUUCCAACCAACUUCGUCAGGCUCGGGCCAUGGGCGAUUACCUGAUUGUUGGUGUACAUACAGACGAGGAAAUUUCUCAGCACAAGGGCCCACCGGUCUUUACGCAGGAUGAACGCUACAAGAUGGUGAAAGCAAUUAAAUGGGUGGAUGAGAUUGUGCCUGGAGCUCCAUAUGUGACCACCUUAGAGACACUAGACAAGUACAACUGUGAUUUUUGCGUCCAUGGAAAUGACAUCACACUGACAGUAGACGGUAAGGACACAUAUGAAGAGGUUAAGAACGCUGGUAGAUACAGAGAAUGUCAGCGCACUCAAGGAGUGUCUACUACAGACUUGGUAGGACGAAUGCUGCUUAUGACAAAAGCCCAUCACAGCAUGGAAGUGACUCUUGAUUAUCAAAAGCACCAGAACAACCUAAGUAAAGAUGCAAGAGGCCACAGCCCAUGGACAGGGGUGUCUCAGUUCCUUCAAACAUCACAAAAGAUUAUGCAGUUUGCUUCAGGAAAAGAACCUUCUCCAGAAGACACAAUUAUUUAUGUUGCUGGAGCCUUUGAUCUCUUUCAUAUUGGACAUAUAGAUUUCCUAGAGAAAGUCUAUAGCUUAGUAGAGAAACCAUAUGUAAUUGUGGGACUGCACUUUGACCAGGAAGUAAAUCACUACAAGAGGAAGAAUUAUCCCAUCAUGAACAUCCACGAGAGGACCCUAAGUGUCUUAGCCUGCAGGUAUGUUGCUGAAGUAGUUAUUGGGGCUCCAUACUCUGUGAGUGCAGAUCUUCUCGAUCACUUCAAGGUUGACAUUGUGUGUCAUGGAAAAACAGAUGUCCUUCCUGACAGAGAUGGAUCAGACCCUUAUGCAGAACCAAAACAGAGGGGCAUAUUCCGCGCCGUGGACAGUGGCAACAGUCUGACAACAGAUGACAUUGUACAGCGGAUAAUAAAGAACAGACUUGAGUAUGAAGCUCGCAAUCAGAAGAAAGAGGCUAAAGAACUUGCUGUGUUCGAGGCGCAACAAAGAAGGGAGCACAUAAUAAAUGGGCAAGAGUCUAAAUAAGCACAAAGUAAUCAAUGUUGUUCCCCACCAUAUACCAAAACAAACCACUAUUUGUGUACUCCACUACAUCAGAACCACCCCAUAUUGUCUAGCACAGUCUGCAUUCCUCCAGAUAAUGAGCUUCAGCUCCCAUAAGACCAAAUCAGAGUUGUAGUAAAACAUCUCAAGAGCUGCAAGUUACCCAUCUCAGGUCUAACUUGCAUUUUAAAUUAGAAUCUAGAACUUCCUUACACUAAUGUAAAAUCUUAAUCUUUUAACAAUGUUUUUACUGCAAGGCCCCUACCUUACAUCAGCGCAACACAGCAUUCAUGUAUCUAAACAUCCAGAAGUGGUAGUGACCUAUGCAUAGUACUGACAAGAUGUGUGAAAUAAAAGAACCCAAGCUAUA